AAUCAGAUUCAUUUUCUAGCUGAUCGAGGGCGGUCACCGUCAGUUUUCGUCUCUUUCUUCUCCUAUAAACUUUUUUGUUUUUAUUUUUAUUGGUGGUUUGGGUAUACAAGAUCCUUCGGCUUCUGAAGCUCGGUUAGGACCUCACAGGUCAGGGAUCUCGUACCGUAUUUAUUUACUUGUUUGAUUUCCUUUGGUUAUACAUAACCCUAGCUCCGAUUGCUUGCUCAGUUGCUUUUCAACUUGAAGGCGCUGAGGAUGUCUACUCCAUCACGGAAGAGACUGAUGAGGGAUUUUAAGAGGUUGCAGCAAGAUCCUCCUGCGGGCAUCAGUGGUGCUCCUCAAGACAACAACAUAAUGCUUUGGAAUGCCGUUAUCUUUGGGCCUGAUGACACUCCAUGGGAUGGAGGUACGUUUAAAUUGACGCUUCAGUUUACAGAGGAUUACCCAAACAAGCCACCAACAGUUCGCUUUGUUUCUCGAAUGUUCCAUCCUAAUAUCUAUGCGGAUGGAAGCAUAUGUUUGGACAUUUUACAAAAUCAAUGGAGCCCUAUAUACGAUGUUGCAGCCAUACUUACCUCAAUUCAGUCAUUGCUCUGUGACCCAAACCCAAAUUCUCCUGCAAAUUCAGAAGCUGCACGGAUGUUCAGCGAGAACAAACGUGAAUAUAAUAGAAGAGUGCGUGAGAUCGUUGAGCAGAGUUGGACUGCUGAUUAGCUAUGGUUGUUAGGUGCUUCGGAACUUCAAACAAUAGUCCAAUGGCCUGUUUAAAUAACUGUGGGACUCGAUCAUUGUGUUGUGAACUCGACUUGAUUACCCAAAUAUGUUUGCUUGGCUUAUGUUUUUUCGGCUUUUCCCAGAAUGUUUCUCGGAUAUGAUACAAUUACAUUUUCCUUGACAUAUAAAAUUCCUUGUCAUUGUCUC